UCAUUCCGGCAUCUUCCUUUUCCAAGCUGCAGACUCAACCUCACCAUUUUAUUCUAUGCAAUCAAAGAAAACCCCAACUUUGAAAAACCCUUCAUAAAGAGUUCCAGAUUUUGGCCUCAAAGCUAUAUAUAAGGUGCACCCUUCGUCCUUGCUUCUAACAGUUUGCAUGACAUCAAUCAGUGAUAGGGUGUUUGGGAGGUUGACUGUUGAAGGUGGAAGACAAGAAUGAAAGAAAUACAAUGAUCAAUAGUAUAAAAGAAGCAGAUUUUCCACUGAAACAGGAAGGUGUUUCUUCAAGUGAUCAUGAAAAGGCAAAGGCUUCAUCGAGUUCAUCUUCUCAGUGGCUGAAACUGAAGGAUCCAAGGAUUGUUCGUGUGUCUCGAGCCUUUGGAGGAAAAGACAGGCACAGCAAAGUGUGCACAGUAAGAGGGCUAAGAGAUAGGAGAGUGAGGCUUUCAGUGCCAACAGCAAUUCAUCUCUACGACCUUCAAGAUAGGCUUGGACUGAAUCAACCCAGCAAGGUUGUUGAUUGGUUGCUGAAUGCAGCAAAACACGAAAUUGAUGAACUUCCACCACUUCCAAUUCCUCCAGGUAACUUCACCCUUGGUUAUCCAUCUCUUGUUGCUUGUAAUGAAGUUAGCACCUCUCGUGAAGGUUCAGGCCAAAACACAAACACUUUGUGGAAAUCAAAGUCAGGAGAAAUGGUUAGUGAUAAAGCAAAUUGGAUAAACAGAAAUGAAGAAGAUAACAGUAAUAAUAAUAAUAAUACUAAUACUGCUGGUGAUUGUGAUAAUAAACACUGUCAUGGUGCACAUGUUUUUUCAAAUAAUCUCUUGCCAAGACCAAACCAUCCUUCAUUUUUGGGGUUGAUGAACACCAUGCCAUCACUUGGUUACCAAUGGGAGACUAAUUCAGGUGAUGUUGCUCAUUGGGCAAACCAUGGAUUUGUUAAUCAAACAGAUAUACACAGCAUUAAUGUAGUUCCAAUCCCCUCAACUUUGGCUCUAUCAACUGGGAAUACUACUACUCCUCAGAUUUUGGUGUGUCCUUCUGGAGCAACACAGCCAUAUUUCCCUUCACAUGUUGCAGCAAUGGAGAUGAAUGCGAGACAACUCAACCACUAUCAGAUGCUGACUUCAGGAUCUCAAAAUCUCUUCGCAAAUUCAUCUCAACAACUCAUGAGCCAAUCUGGGAAAGUGCCAUUCAGCUUGGUUAGGCCUAAACUUUUCCAUUCUCCUAACAGCAGUGAAAGUCAUUCUCGUAAAGACCAGGAUUUUCCUUCCAAGUGAUGAUGCGCCAUUAAUGCUGCAAAAUAAAGUUACAAAAAUGCUUCUCCCUACAAAUUAAUUAUGCAUGGAUCUUGUUCAGAACUGUGGGAAGUUCAUCAUAUUGCAAAACAUUAUUCAAAAUUUUGGCUUCCGUUUUUGUCAAGUUAUGGUUUGGUUUUCUGAUUUUCCAUCCAGUUCAAUCUAUAUAAAAAUGCCAUGCAAAUAUAAAAGAAUGAGAGCUGUUCCUGAAGUGCUAAUGUGAUUGCUAAGCUAAAGAGAACUCAUGCUCGGAUAAGUUCAGUCUCUGUUCCAUGUUGGGAGAUGGAAUAAUAAUAUUAUCGUUUUCAUUGUUUCUUUUGUGAUUUCUUUCUGGUUUUGUGUGUUUGUAUGGACAGGAUUUCUCAUGCCCUUAUAUACUUACUAUUAGUUAAUUACUUUCU